AGUUGUCCUGCUGGUCAGCGCUCAUAUGGGACAAGAUAUUUGGAGUUCAGAAGGAAAUCUCAACUAGCAGUUGUCUUUGAAGUUCCAGUGAAGAUUGUUGGAGAGUCCAGUGUGCAUUUUCCUCAAUGGAUCCAACUGAGAACUGUCCGAUUGGCUAUUAAUCUGGAAUUACAUUUAAAAGAUGACACUCUGGUCACAGCAAAAUGCUGCAACUCAUGGAAUGUGAUUGUGAAGCAUCAUUUUGAGAUCAUCAUGUGUUGUAGCUUGUCUUGCUAAUUGAUUUGUUGCGCUGGUUCAGGACUAUGAGUAUUGUAUAUUGUGGAUGAUGUCGACUGAAGCGUUUCCUCUGAGUGGGGCUCAGAUAGCCAUGUGUCGUCUGGUUCAUCGCGGCCCCAGACCACAGGCCACGUUGAGACCUCUGAACCAGGAGCUCAGGCUCUAUGUUGAGAAGACACGCACCAAACCUAAAUGCAGGAUGGAGGCAUCUUGCCUGGAGUUGGCGCUGGAGGGGGAAAGACUGUGUAAAGCAGGAGAUUUUAAAGGCGGUACAGCAUUCUUUGAAGCUGCUGUUCAGGUGGGAACAGAAGAUCUCAAGACCCUCAGUGCCAUUUACAGCCAGCUGGGCAAUGCUUACUUCUACCUGAAGGAGUACGGCAAAGCCCUGGAGUAUCACCGGCAUGACCUUACGCUUGCUCGGACGAUCGGAGACCGGAUUGGGGAAGGGAAAGCCAGCGGAAAUCUGGGCAACACUCUGAAAGUUUUGGGCAGCUAUGAUGAAGCAGCUGUGUGCUGUCAGAGGCACCUGGACAUUUCUCAAGAACAAGGAGAUAAGGUCGGUGAGGCCAGGGCUCUGUAUAACAUUGGGAACGUGUUUCAUGCCAAAGGGAAGCAGCAGCUCUGGGGCGUCUCGCAGGAUCGUGGAGAGCUUCCUCCUGAUGUCAGAGAUACGCUCAAGCGAGCCACGGCCUUCUAUGAAAAGAAUCUGUCUCUGGUGAAGGAGUUGGGAGACAGAGCUGCACAGGGAAGAGCCUUCGGUAAUCUUGGCAACACUCAUUACCUGCUAGGUAAUUUUGUGGAGGCCAUCAAGUUCCACAGAGAGCGUCUCUCCAUUGCAAAGGAAUUUGGCGACAAGGCCGCUGAACGCCGAGCAUACAGUAACCUAGGCAACGCUCUCAUUUUCCUGGGCAAGUUCAAUGCAGCCACAGAGUAUUACAGAAAAACCCUGCAGCUCUCUCGGCAGCUGAAGGAUCAGGUGAUGGAAGCUCAGGCGUGUUUCAGUCUGGGAAACACAUACACUCUGCUGCAGGAGUAUGAACGUGCCAUAGAAUAUCACCUCAAACACCUGCUCAUCGCUCAGGAGCUGAACGACAGGGUCGGGGAGGGACGGGCCUGCUGGAGUCUGGGUAACGCUUACGUGUCAUUGGGAAAGCACCGUCAGGCUCUGCAUCACGCCUGGAAACACCUGGAAAUCUCCAGAGAGAUCGGAGACAGGAACGGAGAGAUGACGGCCAGGAUGAAUGUGGAGGAGCUGAUGGAGGCCCUAGGGGUGAAGGAGGCAGAUCUCUCUCCAUCUGAAUCUGAGUUUAAAGUGCAAGGAGCCAGACCCAAGUUCAUCAAGAAAGCCAGCAUGGAGAGUGUGGACCUGUGGAAAUACAGCUCUGAAAAGAAUGGAGAUGCUCCGGAUGUUGAUGGUAUUUCGAGGAGGUCAAGGAACCAGCUGUCUCAGUCUAGCAGAAGCAAAAGUUACGCAGACAGUCAGUCAUCAGAUGAGAGACACUGGCUCGACUCACCUGUGGACACUGAUGACAUCACUGUUCAUGUCACACCUCCAAAACUGGCUCGUGACGCGUCAGAUGAGGACUGUUUCUUUGACCUGUUGAGUAAGUUUCAGAGCAGCCGUAUGGAUGACCAGCGCUGUCAGCUAGACGAGCCGUCCAAUGGAGAGAAUGCCGGAGGAACAGAUCCAAACACACUCAAUGACAUGAUCGAUGCCAGUCUGUUGACGUCUCCUCAAACAGAAGAGCUCUUCGAUUUGAUCGCCAGCUCUCAGAGCCGCCGUCUGGACGAUCAGAGGGUGAGCGUCAGUAACCUGCCUGGACUCAGAAUCACCCACAAUAACCUGGGCCACCUGUGUGGAGAGAGCGACCCGCAGGAGCCCAGCGACGACUUCUUCAACAUGCUCAUCAAAUGCCAGUCGUCCAGGAUAGAUGACCAGCGCUGCUCUCCUCCUGAAGGGGGUCCGCGGGCACCAACCGUCCCAGAUGAGGAUUUCUUCAGCCUAAUCCAGAGAGUUCAGGCCAAGCGAAUGGACGAGCAGCGUGUGCAGCUCCCGUUUGACGAACAGGAUGAGGACGAGAUAGGGCCAGGGGCUGCAGACUCCUGAGAAAGCCCGGGGCCAAAUAACACAUGCAACGAGUACCAAAUGAUGGGGAGUGUUUUAGAUUUAAUCUUUCAUGAGAUGAAGAAAUGUGCACAAAGAUAUGCAAGUGAGACAUGAAAACACAAGUGCCAUCUCAGUAUACGGUGCAGAUUUAUGCCUACUGUGCUUUACAGCCAAUGACCCAUGAUGUUUAAUACGGACUAGAUGAACAGAUACUUGGGACACAACUCUCUGGGUUAAUUCACAUUUGCAAACACUGCCUGCACAAACAACAAAAGAAAUGUAACAAAUCAGGUGCAAACACUGUAAAAAGUAGUUUGGUAUUCUGUUUUUUAGCAAAAUAUCUAAACAGCAGGAGAGGUGAUGUACUUUACAGAGACCGUACAGCAUCCGGAUGCCUGAAACGGCUCUUUAAAAUGUCCAAAAUGUCUGGAUCUUAAAUAACAGCCAAUUAAAACCAACUUCUCCAUUUGAUAAUUUAUGCAUUUAGCAGACACGUCAUAACCAGAGUGACUAACGGUACAACAAAGGAAAAAAGAAAAAACAAGACACUUCCCACUAUCUACACAUUAAAGUAAUAGUUUACCCAGAAAGGAAAAUCUGCUGGUGUUUUACUUAUUCUAAGCCAUCCAAGAUGUAGAUGACUUUUUCUUGAGUAGAACAGUAAAGAUUUUUAGCUGGAACCCUGGUGAUUCAUAAAAUGCAAUUCAGCGACUACCCAUCUUUGAGAAUAAACAAAAAGCAUAUCAGGAUGAAUCAAAUGAAUACCAAUGGCUGAUGAUAUUUUGAAUUCUUAUGAAGCAAAGCAAUCGGUCUAUUCAAGAAACUAAACAUUAUAACAUUAUUACCUGUAAUCCAGAGCCUCAGCCAAACAGUCUGUUGUUUUUGGUGAACUAGUUGAACCAAAUCAAACCGAAACCAUUUACAGCUCGAGCAGCACAGAUCUACAAGUUACUCAAUCAAAUCUCAUUUUUAGAUGCCUGACAGUCAGGCAAAAAAGCAGUGUAUCUGAUCCUAUGAUGAAUUAACUCAGAGCUCCAGUUCUUUCAACAUUCACUGAACUCAUGAAACAAUUCUGAUGUGCACCGAAGACGCGCAUGUGUGCACCGAGCACUUGAAUAAAGGGGCCAAAUGAAAGAUUUAGUUUUGUUCAUUAUGGUUAAUGUAAAAAGGUG